AUGAUCGCGUCGUGCAAAGACCUCUCCACCUCCGCAAUCACCUGGUCCGCUCCUCCACGCAGAAUCAGCGUACACGUCUUGGCCUUUGGACACCCUUCAAAAACGUUGUAUCUUUCUCCUCCAAUCUGCACCUCCUCGAACUUGGCACACGAGCCCAGGUUCUCCGGCUUGAUAUCCGAGACCGUCGUUUGCACAGAACCUCCAACAGCCUGCACCACUCUCUCCAUGUCCUCUGCUGGGAUUCUACCCGCACAAAAGAUGCCUCUGUCGGCGAAAAACUGCGUGGCCAGGUCGCCAAUCGGCAGCUUCGAAAGCACAAUGUUGGCCCCCGUCGCCACGAUCGCGUCCAGCUUGUUCAUGAUGAUCUUCCACUCGGCAUCCACAAUCUCCUGCGACAACACCUUUGGGUCGGUGAACUUCUUGGGCUGCUGCUCGAAACCGGCAUACGAAAACGCUUUUUUGAAAGCCACUCCGUUCACCAACCGCGACUCGUCCAUCGAGCCACCAGGAACUUUCUUGAUUCCGAUCAGAUUCUCGUCCAAAUCGUCUCUGUCCAGCACUAACACCGCGUCAACGGCCAUCUUGGUGAACAGCUCCGCGUUGUUCUGGAUAAUCUUGGAAGACAUGGCUGUGCGUGCACAUCUCUCGAGUAACUGUCUCAUUUCAGCGUCGCUAUGGUCUGUGUCCAAUUCCACCUGCAAUUCCAGAAUCUUGUCGCAAACAAGAUCGCACGCCUUGCGGAACGCCUUGGUGAUCACAUGCGAAGGCAUGCCCUCCUCGAUGAACUGUUUGCUCUCCUUCAAGAACUCUGCCGCAAGGAGCGUCACAGAAGUGGUUCCGUCACCAACCUCUGCAUCCUGCGACCGCGAAAUAUCAACAAGAAUCUUCGCAGCAGGAUGA